UCAAUGUUUGUUAUAGGGAGAAUGGAUAAAUCAAAGACUAUAGCUGCAGAGGAUGUGAAGCCUGCUAAGACUGAGCAGGAUGUGAAGAAUCCUGUGCCAACUGAUGCUCCAGCAAAGUCCAUAGCUGUAGCUGAUAAGUCAGAGGAUGCAAAUCCAGGGAGAAUGGAUAAAUCAAAGACUAUAGCUGCAGAGGAUGUGAAGCCUGCUAAGGGAAAGUGUACCCGAAAUGUGAUGUCAAAGAAAGUGAAGGUUGAUAGGAAUUGCCUUGGCGGCCUAGAUGCUGCUAAUCGUUAUUCUGCUGUUUCUGUUAAGGAUGAUACUAAUCCUAAGGCUGCUGAGGAAGAGAAUGUUAAGGAUGAUACUAAUCCUAAGGCUGCUGAGGAAGAGGAUGGGAAGUAUACUAAUCCUAAGCCGAAGUUCGAUAAUGAUUUUGGUGGUGAUUACGAUUGUCAUAUUUGCUAGGCAUUUGUGGCAUUUGUAUAGCUUACUUGUUUAGGCAUACUUUAUUUGGUUGUAUAGCUUACUUGUUUAGGCAUACUUUAUUUUGUUAUGUGAUUAAUGCUUCUGAUUUUGGUAUUAUAAUACCAUCAACUGUCCUUUGCUUUUACAACUCUUCAGUUAAUCAAAUUUCUGCCAUCCUCUUCUUUGAAAGGAUGUAUUACUCUA